AUGCCACAACCAUUAAUGAGAGUAGUUGCCCGCCGCUGUGGCCAGGGUGUAGCCAGGAUCCCUGGAGUAGCGCCGGCAAACUCUAUUUCGAUAGCUCAGCGCAAAUUACUUCAUUCCUCCAAGCAAGCAUCUUCUCCUGCUGCUGCCGCUGCUGCCGCGACUUCCAGUAAGGUACCACCAGAACCCAGGGAGAAUCCUGCUGUCGGACUAGGUCCAAGUCGCGAUGAACCUAUAGGCCAUAAAAGAUUGGCCGACUUCGAUUUGGAGGGACGAGUCUUUAUUGUCACUGGUGGUGCAAGAGGUCUAGGUUUAUGCUUGGCUGAAGGUCUCGUCGAGGCAGGUGGUAAUGUCUAUUGCUUUGAUCGCGAGGCAGAACCAUCCCAGGAUUGGGAUGAGGCCGCCACGAGAGCGAAGCAAUAUGGUGGGUCGCUUCACUACUGCCAGCAAGAUGUUUCAGAUACCAAGCAUCUAGAUCAGACCAUUGCAUCCAUUGCAGACAGACAUCAGAGGUUAGAUGGUCUUAUUGCGGCGGCUGGGGUACAGAAGAUUUGUCCUGCGGUUGAGUAUACCGCCGACGACGUCGCGCAGAUGAUGGCCAUUAACUACACAGGUGUCAUGAUGACAGCUACGGCGACUGCUCGCCAGAUGUUCAGGUAUAAGUGUCACGGUAGCAUGUGUCUCAUUGCGAGCAUGUCGGGCCAGGUAGCCAACAAGGGGCUCAUUUCUCCCGUAUAUAACUCCUCGAAAGCCGCUGUUAUCCAGUUGGCUCGAAAUCUUGCGAUGGAGUGGAGUCCCAUCAGAAAGGACGGCACAGGAGGAAUCCGUGUCAACUGCAUCAGCCCCGGUCACAUCUUGACGCCCAUGGUUCUCAAGAACUUCGAGGAAGUUCCUGGGCUACGAGCCAGAUGGGAGUCUGAAAAUAUGAUGGGCCGUCUAGCUGAGACUACCGAGUUCAAGGGCGCGGCGCUGUUCCUGCUCAGCAAGGCCAGCAGCUUCAUGACGGGCAGCAAUAUCGUUAUCGACGGCGGACAUACAUCGUGGUAG